AUGUACUACCACCACCCGCCACCCCCUGGCCCUCCCCCGCCUCCUCGCCCGUCGAGUUGGAACGGCCAGCACUGGGGGCCUCCGCCGCAAUCAUACAGUCCCCAAUAUGCACCCCCCGCAUACCCCCCGCCAAACCACCACUACUCUCAAUCUCAGCCGCAAUAUCAGUACCCCCCACCAACAUCAAGCUACUCGCCAACGCCCUACUCGCCCCGAGACCCCCGAUACAGCUCCCCAGCCCACUCCCCCUACGGCACCCCGCCGCUCCCUCCCCGCCCACCAUCCGAGUCCUCCAGUUUCCGCUCAUACCCAGCCUCCCCAUCCCCCUGGGGCCCGGGCGCAAACAACAACCCGCCUCGCCCCCCAAGCGGCACGCAGCCCUUCGGGCACGGCGCGCCGUCGUCCUACCGCUUCCAGUACAGCGCCUGCACAGGGCGCCGGCGCGCGCUCCUCAUCGGGAUCAACUACUUCGGGCAGCCGAACCAGCUGCAGGGGUGCAUCAACGACGUGACGAACGUGAGCACGUUCCUGGCGGAGCGGCACGGGUAUCGACGCGAGGACAUGGUGAUUCUCACGGACGACCAGAAGAAUCCGAAGAGUGUGCCGACGAAGGCGAACAUCUUGCGCGCGAUGCAGUGGCUUGUUAGCGGGGCGGUGGCGAAUGAUAGUUUGUUUAUUCAUUUCUCGGGGCAUGGCGGGCGCACGCCGGAUCUGGAUGGGGAUGAGGAUGAUGGUGAGUUGGGCUCUCUGCUAUUCUGCUGGGUUUCAUAUGGUGUUGACGGUGCAGGCUUCGACGAUGUCAUAUACCCCGUGGACUACCGGGUCGCCGGGCAUAUUGUUGACGACGAGAUGCACGAUAUCAUGAUCCGACCACUCCAACCGGGUGUACGCCUCACAGCCAUCUUCGACUCCUGCCACUCCGGCACAGCGCUUGACCUUCCCUACGUCUACUCAACCCAGGGCAUCCUGAAAGAACCCAAUCUUGCCAAAGAAGCCGCAUCCGACCUAUUUUCCGCAAUAACCUCCUACGGCCGCGGCGACCUCAGCGGCGUCGCGCAAACAGCGAUCGGGUUCUUCAAAAAGGCCGCGAUAGGCGAUUCCGCACGGCGCCGGACAGUGCGCACGAAGACAUCGCCAGCGGAUGUGGUGAUGUUUUCGGGGUCAAAGGAUACGCAGACUUCAGCCGACACGUUCCAGGACGGCGAAGCGCGCGGGGCCCUAAGCUGGGCGUUCAUCAAGGUGCUGCAGCGGUACCCGCAGCUGAGCUAUGUGCAGCUGCUGAAUCUGAUCCGGGCGGAGCUGGAGGGCAAGUAUACGCAGAAGCCGCAGCUGAGUUGUAGUCAUCCGUUAGGUGGGUUUCUCUUGUUGCUUUUUGGCACGAUGAGGCUGGAGCGGUCGACUAACGGGUCUGGUCCCAUAGAUACCAAUUUGUUGUUCGUGAUGUGA